CGAAAGCAAAUACUUUAUUUCGAGCUGCGUAGAAGUGAAGAAGAUUGUUUAAGUCCUUAAAUAUACUUUUAAUACAACUCCUUAAUAAAUUCAUUUGUGAAGAUUUGUUGUGUGAUGUAGAUUAUACUUCACAGAACUGGAUUAUACUCUAAACGGUGUAGCGCUUGGAUUAUACUCUAAACGGUGUAGUGCUCGGAUUAUUUCUAAUGGAAAGGAAGAAAGAAAUCAAGUUUUUAAUUUUAAUAUGGAUGUCUAUCAAAAUGGUUUUCUGUUUGCAAAUGGACUUUUCUGGAAAGCCAAAAGAAUCUCUUUGCGACAUCGGUUGUAAAUGCCCAUCAGAAGGUCAGAGUGUUAUGUUUUUAGACUGCAUCAACAAAGACAUAUCUAAACUUCCCAGUUCUGUCCAGCUUAAUGGGUCAAUAACAAGCCUAAGUUUCCGAAAUAACCGCAUCGAACACUUGGACACGAAUACUUUUUCUAAAGCGGACAGCACUGAGGAACUAGACCUCUCCUUUAACCAUAUUUUGAAGAUCGACAAUUUCACUUUCGUCCCUUUCAAAUCUUUGCUUAUAUUGAGGAUAUCCAACAAUCUUCUGCCGGAUUUAGAACCUGGGUUAUUUGAUGGAUUGUCCAAUUUGAAGACGCUAGAAGUUGGACACAACGCUAUUCAACGAAUUUCUCCUUCAAGUUUCCGACCGACUUCCAAACUUCAAGAAUUACGUCUACAUCACAAUCCCAUUUUUGAACUUCCGGAAGAUUUACUUCAAUAUCUUCCUCAUCUUGAAAAACUUGAUCUCCAGGAAACAGGCUUAGUCAGGCUGCCCGACGAUCUCCUUACGUUCACUCCUGGUCUUCAUUGGUUGUCACUGUCGAAUAAUGCAUUUGAAAAUGUUCCAGAAAAAGCUCUCUCCAAAGCACGUCGAUUAGAAUGUUUAGAUUUAAGUGGAAACGACUUCAUUGUAAUUCAAAAGGGAGCUUUCCGAGGACUAUCGAGUAUUUCCGUUUUAUAUUUGAAUAAUCUAGAGAGGCUCUCUAUAAUAGAAAAGGAUGCUUUUGCUGGUCUUGUAAAGUUAAAGCAUUUCUCCUGCAGCUACAAUCCAAAACUAAGUUACUUGGAUGCGGAAGCAUUUGGAAGUCUGAAUUCAACUGUUUCAAGCUACAAGACUCUUCCUCGAGAGCAGUUAAGUCUUCGUCAGAAUAACUUGAGAACUCUGCAAUCACCAUUCGAAAGGGAAUCCUUGUCAUCUUUGAGUUACGUGGAUUUAUCUGAAAAUCCUUGGAAAUGUGAUUGUCAUAUUCUGUGGAUGAAAAAGCUGAAGGCUGAAACUGAAGAAGCUAUUGUUUGCGACAGUCCACCUCAUCUUCGCGGUCGCUCUUUAGACACCAUCCUGGCAUCCGAACUGAAGUGUGAAGACCGUUGGGCAUGGGUUACAUUUAUCUUGGUGAUUUCCUCCAUGGUGGCUAUUGGAAUAUUCGUUUUGGGAGCUUCUGCUAUUGUCUGCUCUAGAACACGAGUAGGACUCUACAUACGAGCCAAGAAGCAAUUCUCUUAUGCAAAAGUGACACCAAAAACUGAGACUGUAGAUCUCGAAUGGGAUCCAUCAUGUGAUUAAUUGUAAUUAGUUUUUUGUGUUAAGGGAUUUUAUAGUAGAUGCAUGAUUUUGAAGAGCUUGCGUACAAAGUACUCUAUCUUAAAACGUCUCCAUUGAGUUGAUAUUUAGAACUUUUGGAAACGCAAUAAGUAUUUAUUGCAAUUUGUACUGUAUUUGUGGUAUUAAGAAUUUAUUGCAAUAUAUGCAACGCGCAUUUACUUUGUAAUAUUUUUAUUAUAGAAACAUAUAUCAGUAUGUAAUUAUUAAAUUCUUUUGUUUUAAAUAAAAAUGUUGGACUAUAAAUGUU